AUACUAAUAUUCAAUUUUAGUUAGAACGACGCAAUGAUAAAUAUGAACUGCACUAGUUCAUUGGAAUAAAACGCGCUAUUUGACAACUCUGUUAAACGGACAAAGCAGUCUGAACAUGAUUUAAGUGCUAAACACAACUUUAAACAAUUUAAUUAAAAGUUGGUCGGCAUCGAUUUAUUCACAACUGACGCAAUGGAGUCUAUAACAUUUGGUGUGCUAACAAUUAGCGAUAGCUGUUACCAGGAGCCGGCUAAGGAUAGCAGCGGGCCGCGUUUAAUGUCGCUUAUUCGCGCUGCCUUUACCAAUGCACAGGUGGUGGCUAGCGUGCUGCCCGAUGAGCGUGACUUGAUACAACGUGAGCUACGCAAGUGGAUUGAUCGCAGCGACGUGCGUGUUAUAAUAACUACAGGUGGGACUGGCUUUGCGCCACGCGAUGUUACGCCCGAGGCCACAAAGCCGCUGCUCGACAAGGAAUGCAUGCAGAUGAGCUUUGCCAUUGCCCUGGCAUCGCUGAAAAAAACCAAAUUUGCCGCCCUAUCGCGUGGUCUCUGCGGCAUUGCAGGCAAUACGCUUGUGCUGAAUUUUCCAGGCAGCGAACGUGCCGUGGUGGACUGCUUUGAGGUAGUCCAAGAGCUGCUGCCACAUGCUCUGAGUCUAAUAAGCGAUAAUGUGAAGCUGGUGCAAGCGACGCAUGAGGCAAUGCAAACCGAAACUGUAGCCUCACCCAGACAUGUCUGUCCACACAAAACUGGCGCUGGCGAUGCCAAUGAUCGCAACUCACCUUACCCGAUGCUGCCGGUGCUGGAGGCCUUGGAUAUUAUACUGCAGCAUGUGCAACGCCAUACGCAGCUGGAGCAGCAAUUGAUGAACUUGCAGUCACCGGUGCAUAUACCUCCGUUCCGAGCGUCCAUUAAGGAUGGCUAUGCUAUGAAAUCUACAGGAUUUGCAGGCAGCAAACGUGUGCUGGGCUGCAUAGCUGCAGGCGAUGGCAUUGAGCCACAUCCACUGCAGGAAGAUGAGUGCUUCAAGAUCAAUACGGGCGCACCGCUGCCCGAGCAUGCAGACUGUGUGGUGCAAGUAGAGGAUACGAAGUUGCUGCAGCGUGACAAAUAUGGCGAGGAAAGUCUGGUGGAAAUACUAGUCGAACCCACAGCUGGGCUGGACGUGCGAGCCAUUGGCCAUGACAUGGCAGCUGGCGACAAAGUUUUUCCACAAUUUGAUGCCUCGCCUGUGGUUAUUAACUCCUUGCUAGCCGCCGUGGGCAUUCAGCAGUCUGUGCCAAAGCCUAAAAUCGCAAUAAUAUCCACAGGCAGCGAGCUGCUGGCGCCGGGCCAGCCAGCGCAGCCUGACAAAAUCUUUGACUCGAAUAGCAGCAUGCUUGCCGCAUUGCUGCAACAAUUUGGCUUUGAUUGUGAGCAGCAGCACGUGCUGGUUGAUGACCUAAGCUCCACUACCAUCAACUUGGACAAACUGUUCGACGCUGUGGACUUUGUCAUUUGCAGCGGUGGCGUCUCCAUGGGUGACAAGGAUUUCAUAAAGCCCGCGCUGCAGCAUUUGCAAUUUAAACUGCAUUUUGGACGUGUUAACAUGAAGCCUGGCAAACCCUUCACCUUUGCCAGCAAGUCGGACAAGUAUUUCUUCGGUCUGCCUGGCAAUCCGGUAUCGGCUUUUGUUACCUUUCAUUUGUUUGCCCUGCCCGCCAUACGCUGGGCCGCUGGCUGGCAGCGUGCUCAAUGCAGUUUGCCUGUUGUCAAUGUCAGCUUGCUCAAUGAAUCCCUUGAGCUGGACGCGCGUCCCGAAUAUGUGCGCGCCUCAGUUACCUCCAUUAAUGGAGAGCUUUAUGCUAUUGUGACUGGAGAUCAGAUUAGCAGCCGUCUCAAGAGCAUUGUACGCGCCGAUGUGUUAGUCCAUUUGCCAGCCCGAUCGGCAGCCCGCACUACAGUGCGUGCUGGUGAAAUUUUUCCAGCUUCGAUCUUGCGCAACGAUUUUAUUUCCAAUUAUAAGGUGAGCCCUGACGCUGGAAAUUUGCGGCGUUAAGCCGCUAGUCUCGGUCUAGGACGAAAGCAUCAUGAACAAAUUAAAUCAUCACAAGCCUCUUCAUGUAUAAGUUAAUACUAACAAUUACUAUUAUAAAUGUCUAUAUUAAUCAA